AUGUUUCACAGAACAGCCGCCCGGGAUAAGAAUGGAGGGCAGGAUGAUGUCGAACUCGGCCCGAAAAUUCAAAGUGGUAUAUUUGAUUUUGCAGACGACUCCUGGAUCAGAACUCAUCACAGAGACAACUUGAUACACAAGCUUGAACAUCCUAAGGGCCGCGGACACAGUUACCCAUACGAUCGAUCUUCGCUACAGGGCUUCGGAGCCUUCAGGGUGGCCGAAGAUCUGAGACGAUAUGUACAAGCUUUGCAAGACUAUGAUUAUAUGGGGAGAUUUAAGGAUCAAACCUAUGACCCUUUCAUCAUCACUGGCGAGCACUACAUCGAGCGCUGUAUGUUCGACAUUGCGAUGAAAUAUCGAGAAAGGGCAGAGGACCCCUUGAAGCAGCUGAAGUCUUUCGAGGAAUGGGAGAAUGCAUCGGUGCGGCCCACACCCGUUGGCGGAACAAGAACUGAAAAUCGCAGAAAUACCCGUUGGAGGGCGUUUCGGGACCGUAUCGUCCUUGCUGGGCUCGGCGGUAUCUUCCUCGUUGGGCCCAUGUGGUUGAUGGUUCUACACAACACAUUAUACACGGUGCUUGUCUCCACUACGGUGUUUAUCUUUGUCUUUGGAUUCUUGAUGGCUCUUUUGCUUACGAAACCCAUGGAUGUCAUGGCAAGUACCGCAGCUUACGCCGCAGUCUUGGUGGUCUUUGUGGGAUUGAACGUGGAUAGCAAUAGUAUCACCACUUCUGUUUAG